AUGGGCGAACGUCGCAAACUGGGCGAUGUCGCCAUGGACCUCGUCCUCUUUGCCGGCAUGAUGACAGCUGGCCUGUAUAUUGCGCGCAACUUUCUGAACCCGAUCCUCAGCAACCUCGCCGAUCCCGACAAGGAGAAGCACGACCAAGCCAGACAAAAAGCUAAAGCCCACCUCGAACGCAUAAAUCGACGACGCCAAACCGAGGCGAAUGCCGGCCAAGGAAGUGACGACUUCCAAGACCACCCGCAUGUGGAGGACUUAGUCCUCAACGAGUUUGAGAACCUCAUUGCGCUGGAGAUGGUAGCGCCCGAAGAUAUCCAUGUUGGCUUUGAUGAUAUCGGAGGUCUGGAAAUGAUUAUCGAAGAGCUCAAGGAGUCCGUCAUCUACCCCCUCACCAUGCCACACCUGUACUCGCAUGCCGCGCCGCUCCUGUCCGCCCCGUCCGGCGUCCUCCUCUUCGGUCCGCCUGGCUGUGGAAAGACCAUGCUUGCUAAGGCGCUCGCUCACGAGAGUGGUGCUUCCUUCAUCAACCUUCACAUUUCCACCAUGACGGAAAAGUGGUAUGGCGACUCCAACAAGAUCGUCAAGGCCGUCUUCUCCCUGGCUCGCAAGAUGCAGCCUGCCAUCAUUUUUAUCGACGAGAUUGAUGCCGUGCUCGGCACACGACGCAGUGGCGAGCACGAAGCUAGUGGCAUGGUUAAGGCUGAAUUCAUGACACUGUGGGACGGUCUUACUUCUGCCAACUCCUCCGGCAUGCCCGCCCAAAUUGUUGUACUCGGCGCUACGAACCGUAUCCACGACAUUGACGAGGCGAUUCUGCGGCGAAUGCCUAAGAAGUUCCCCGUCCCGCUUCCCGGCCAAGAGCAACGCCUCCGCAUCCUCCAACUCGUCCUGCAAGGCACCAAGACCGAUCCGGAGCACUUCAGCCUCGACCAGCUGGCCAAGCUCACGGCCGGCAUGUCCGGGAGUGACAUCAAGGAAGCCUGCCGCGACGCCGCCAUGGCACCCGUCCGCGAGUUCAUGCGCUUGAACCGCAGGCCCGGCCAGCCCAUGCCCCAGGUCGACGCAUCGCAUUUUCGCGGCAUCCGGACAGAUGACUUCUUUGGCAACCGCGGCGGCCAACUGCCGCUAGGCAGUGGCGCUCUACGCAAGGCCGGCGGCAAGCGCAAGGGGCAGAGCAAGACGAGCGGCAGCACUCAGAGUGACGAAUAUGAAGACGUUGACGAGCUAGUCGUGGAGGAGCAAGACUAA